GUACCUUGGUCUCUCACCUACAUACCUAAAUGGCAGGGACAGGAGAGACGAUGGAGACGCAGCACAUAGAUGUAAUAUACGUUACUUUACGCCAGAACAGAAAAAACUUUGUAUUAAAGAUGAUGACAUUUUACAAGUAAUUGCCCGCGGAGCUCGCAAGGGGAUCCAGGAGUGCCAAUACCAGUUCCGUACAAGGAGGUGGAACUGCCCAACUAAGAACAGCACAGAUGUGUUUGGGAAGGUUUUGCAAAUAAAAACCAGAGAGACUGCCUUUAUCUAUGCCAUCCAAGCAGCCAGUGUCAUGCAUGAAGUGGCCAGAGCGUGUGCCAAGGGAGAGCUGAAAACGUGUGGCUGCGACAGCAACAUUCGUAACCAAAAAACCGAUGGAGAGUUUGAGUGGGGUGGCUGCUCCCAUGAUAUAAAUCAUGCUAAUCUGUUUGUGUCUCAAUUUGUGGAUUCUACUGAAAUCAAGGUGAAGGCACCAGGGCAGAUGAAUCUUUGGAACAAUGAGGCUGGAAGACUGGCCAUUUCCGGUGAAAUGAAACUUCUCUGCAAGUGCCAUGGAGUCUCUGGAUCCUGCUCCAUUAAGGUGUGUUGGAGAACGACGGAUAAUUUCCGCAAAGUUGGCAAGAACUUAAAGGAAAAAUUUGAUGGAGCGAGCCAUGUAAAAUAUAGCAAAAAGAAGCAAAAGUUCAAACCAAGGAACAAGUUUCAAAAGUUACCCGACAAAACUGACUUGGUGUACAUCAAGGAGUCGCCAGAUUAUUGUACCCCAAAUCAUAAAACUGACUCCCUGGGGACCAAGGGACGCCUGUGUAAUAGUACAAGUCAGGGACUGGAUGGCUGUCAGUUAAUGUGUUGUGGAAGAGGGUACUACACAACAGUAAAACAAGUAGAAGAAGACUGUGACUGUAAAUUCAUAUGGUGUUGUGAAGUGAAGUGUCAGAGAUGUAAAUAUAAAAUUCAGCAAAACUUCUGCAACUGAUCGAGUGUUAAGUUUUCCUGAUAGUAUAAUGAUUUAUCACUGCCAAUAA